AGAUGCUUUGCAGGUAAAGAAGAUGCUUCAGGGAAGGUGAAGUAAUGUAAUCUUAUAUGUUUUAAGAUAGAAGAUGUGUUUGUAUGUUACUAAAUUUGCUUAUUGACUUUGCUAAUUUCCCCCAUUUGAUCAGGAAAAUUGUUUAUACUAUAAAAAAUAAGUAAACUGAUGUGGAUGUAUAUUUUUCUGAUAACCUUUUUUUCCUUAAGAUAGAGCAAGAAAUUUUAAUAUGAACAGAUGCGUGGUCACUACAACGUAGCCUUUUUCAAGUAUGUUAUCCAUUGUCCCAUCAUAUAUUGCAUCAUGCUGGAAAUUUUUAACAGUUUUCUUUAAAAGUGUUCGUAACCUCAUCACACCUCAAGGUGACGUGUUCAUUUUAACAACAUUCUUGUGCAGCUUUUGUAUAAUUUUCAGUACAAUGCAUAUUGAUAUUUUUAGGCCAAAAUAAGUAAAUAAUAUAACGAAAAAAACUGUUUUGACUGUGUGACUACGGUUGCGAGUUUAGGAUUUGAACAUAAUUUAUAAUCAUUCCAGUACAUAGUGCUAUAUCCCAAAAUCUAACUUGAAAUACAGUGCACAUGUAUUCUCCGUUAUAACUUUGGUAAGUUUGUUAUGGAAACAUGCAUGAUAAUAUGACACGCCAUGUCGUCGUGGAUAACCUACAUUGUUAAGUAGCUAUGCCGAUAUGACCAGACUGAACUCUCCUCUAUAACCCAGUUGGAAUCCACGAUCGGUUGUUGAUAAGACAGAUAAGGAAAAGAAUCCACUAAAGUCACAAAUUGGCGACAUUGUCCUUCAGAGCACUGACAGGUUUUGCACUUCGUUAACACUACUUGGUCACGCGAACUAGUUUUCAGUUGAACUUUGAACAAGAUCACAAUGCUGAGGUCAUUUGUCCUGGUGACAGUCUUUGCUGUCAUCGUAGCCAAACCUUUUAACAACGAGGCCGUCCGCCAUCAUCAACCAUUGUACAUUUCUCUUCAAAAUAUCCUCCACGAACUUGGAGAUUAUUUCAAACGAAUUGAUAAAACGCCACAAAUUGACCAGUUAGGACACAAUUUCAAACGUAAUUCACUUAAUCAAGAUAUAAUAUCAAAACCAACAGAAGCGAUAGCAGAUACUUUAUUGCAUCUGGUAAAUGAUUAUUUUAAAGGCAGAGCAUUAAGAAGUGAAAACGAUCCAGUCCCAACCGCAGACGGAAGCCUUCUUCACCAAAUAGGCGACUUCUUUAAAGGACGAAGAUCACAGAAUAUAGACAGAAUGAAUCGAGGUGAGACCGACCCAGUGCCCACAGCGGACGGAAGUCUCCUCCACCAGAUAGGAGAUUUCUUUAAAGGAAGGAGAUCCUUGAAUAAAGACUUAUCAUCACGUGGCGAAACUGACCCUGUUCCGACAUCAGAUGGAACCCUUCUUCACCAAGUAGGAGACUUCUUCAAGGGGAAGAAGUCACUUCACCAAGUCAUGGAUCAGCAACUGAGUCCUGAACUAUUUAACUCAAUCCUUCACGAGCUCGGAGACUACUUCAAAGGGCGGAGGACAGCCUAGAUAACCGGGCAUCGUUGUCCAGUCACUUCAGCCUAUGUAAUAUUUUUGCAUAUACAUCAUCAGUAUUUUCGAAUGUUUUACGCACUCUGACGCUACGUGAAUUAAAUGUAACGAAACAAAACGAC